AAUCGGUCAGCAUUCAGACCUGUUCUGGCGGCCAGGGUGGAUCAGAGGCAGGUGGCUUGGUCCCUGAAUGGCACCUCGUGGGUCUCUGCAGACGUGUGGGCCAACGUGAAGGUGGAGUGCGAGCCUAGCUGGCAGCCUUUCCAGGGCCACUGCUACCGCCUGCAGGCUGAGAAGCGAAGUUGGCAGGAGUCCAAGAAAGCGUGUCUGCGGGGCGGGGGCGACCUGCUCAGCAUCCACAGCAUGGCCGAGCUUGAGUUCAUCACCAAGCAGAUCAAGCAAGAGGUGGAGGAGCUGUGGAUUGGCCUCAAUGAUUUGAAGCUGCAGAUGAAUUUUGAGUGGUCUGAUGGGAGCCUUGUGAGCUUCACCCACUGGCACCCCUUUGAGCCCAACAACUUCCGGGACAGCCUGGAAGACUGUGUCACCAUCUGGGGGCCGGAAGGUCGUUGGAAUGAUAGUCCCUGUAACCAGUCCCUGCCGUCCAUCUGCAAGAAGGCAGGCCAGCUGAGCCAGGGGGCAGCCGAGGAGGACCAUGGCUGCCGGAAGGGUUGGACGUGGCACAGCCCAUCCUGCUACUGGCUGGGAGAGGACCAAGUAAGCUACAGUGAGGCCCGGCGCCUGUGCACCAACCACGGCUCUCAGCUGGUCACCAUCACCAACAGGUUUGAGCAGGCCUUUGUCAGCAGCCUCAUCUACAACUGGGAGGGAGAGUACUUUUGGACGGCCCUGCAGGACCUCAACAGCACCGGCUCCUUCCGCUGGCUCAGCGGGGAUGAGGUCAUGUAUACCCACUGGAACCGGGACCAGCCUGGGUACAGCCGUGGGGGCUGCGUGGCCCUGGCCACGGGCAGUGCCAUGGGGCUGUGGGAGGUGAAGAAUUGCACCGCGUUCCGGGCCCGCUACAUCUGCCGGCAGAGCCUGGGCACGCCAGUGACGCCCGAGCUGCCUGGGCCAGACCCCACGCCCAGCCUCACCGGCUCCUGUCCCCAGGGCUGGGGGUCAGACCCCAAACUCCGGCACUGCUAUAAGGUGUUCAGCUCAGAGCGGCUGCAGGACAAGAAGAGCUGGGUGCAGGCCCAGAGGGCCUGCCAAGAUUUGGGAGCCCAGCUGCUGAGCCUGGCCAGCUAUGAGGAGGAGCACUUUGUGGCCAACAUGCUCAACAAGAUCUUCGGUGAAUCAGAGCCCGAGAUCCAUGAGCAGAACUGGUUCUGGAUCGGUCUGAACCGUCGAGAUCCCGGAGCGGGGCAGAGCUGGCGCUGGAGCGACGGCUUGGGGUUCUCUUACCACAAUUUUGACCGGAGCCGGCAUGACGAUGAUGACAUCCGGGGCUGUGCAGUGCUUGACCUGGCCUCCCUGCAGUGGGUGGCCAUGCAGUGCGAGACGCAGCUGGACUGGAUCUGCAAGAUCCCUCGAGGCACAGACGUGCGGGAGCCCGACGUCAGCCCACAAGGCCGGCGGGAGUGGCUGCGUUUCCAGGAGGCCGAGUACAAGUUCUUCGAGCACCACUCCACGUGGGCCCAGGCGCAGCGCAUCUGCACGUGGUUCCAGGCCGAGCUGGCCUCCGUGCACAGUCAGGCCGAGCUGGACUUCCUGGGGCACAACUUGCAGAAGUUCUCCCGGGGCCAGGAGCAGCACUGGUGGAUCGGCCUGCACACUGCAGAGAGUGAUGGGCGUUUCCGGUGGACAGAUGGUUCCAUUAUAAACUUCAUCUCCUGGGCACCCGGUAAACCUCGGCCCAUCGGCAAGGAUAAGAAGUGUGUGUACAUGACCGCCAGCCGAGAGGACUGGGGGGACCAGAGGUGCCUGACGGCCUUGCCUUACAUCUGUAAGCGCAGCAACAGCACUGGAGAGCCACAGCCCCCAGACCUGCCACCCACGGCCCUGGGGGGCUGCCCCUCUGGCUGGGACCAGUUCCUCAACAAGUGUUUCCGAAUCCAGGGCCAGGACCCUCAGGACCGGGUGAAGUGGUCAGAGGCACAGUUCUCCUGUGAACAGCAAGAGGCCCAACUGGUCACCAUUGCAAACCCCUUAGAGCAAGCGUUCAUCACAGCCAGCCUGCCCAAUGUGACCUUUGACCUUUGGAUUGGCCUCCAUGCCUCUCAGAGGAACUUCCAGUGGGUGGAGCAGGAGCCUCUGCUGUAUACCAACUGGGCACCUGGGGAGCCCUCUGGCCCCAGCCCUGCUCCCAGUGGCAACAUACCGACCAGCUGUGCGGUGGUCUUGCACAGCCCCUCCGCUCCCUUCACUGGCCGCUGGGACGAUCGGAGCUGCACGGAGGAGACACAUGGCUUCAUCUGCCAGAAGGGCACAGACCCUUCCCUGAGCCCAUCCCCAGCAGCAGCGCCCCCUGCCCCGGGCACUGAGCUCUCCUACCUCAACGGCACCUUCCGGCUGCUGCAGAAGCCUCUGCGCUGGCACGAUGCCCUCCUGCUGUGUGAGAGCCGCAACGCCAGCCUGGCCCGCGUGCCUGACCCCUACACCCAGGCCUUCCUCACGCAGGCUGCCCGAGGGCUGCGCACCCCACUCUGGAUCGGGCUGGCCAGUGAGGAGGGCUCCCGGCGGUACUCCUGGGUCUCGGAGGAGCCGCUGAGCUACAUGAGCUGGCAGGACGGGGAGCCCCAGCAGCCGGGGGGCUGCGCCUACGUGGAUGUGGAUGGGGCCUGGCGCACCACCGGCUGCAACACCAAGCUACAGGGCGCUGUCUGUGGCAGGAACAGUGGGCCCCCUCCUCCCCGAAGAAUAAGCUACCACGGCAGCUGUCCCCAAGGGCUGGCCGACUCUGCCUGGAUUCCCUUCAGGGAGCAUUGCUACUCCUUCCACAUGGAGCUGCUGCUGGGCCACAAGGAGGCGCUGCAGCACUGCCAGAGAGUGGGUGGGGCAGUCUUAUCCAUUCUGGAUGAGAUGGAGAACGUGUUUGUCUGGGAGCACCUGCAGAGCUCCGAGGGCCAGAGUCGGGGUGCCUGGCUGGGCAUGAACUUCAACCCCAAAGGAGGCACUCUGGUCUGGCAUGACAACACAGCUGUGAACUACUCCAACUGGGGGCCCCCGGGCCUGGGCCCCAGCAUGCUGAGCCACAACAGCUGCUACUGGAUCCAGAGCAGCAGCGGCCUGUGGCGCCCGGGCGCCUGCACCAACAUUACCAUGGGCGUCGUCUGCAAGCUGCCUCGAGCUGAGGAAAGCAGCUUCUCUCCAUCAGCAGCGCUUCCGGAAAACCCGGCAGCCUUGGUGGUGGUGCUGAUGGCCGUGCUGCUGCUCCUGGCCCUCCUGACCGCAGCCUUGAUCCUCUACCGGCGGCGACAGAGCGCGGAGCGGGGGACCUUCGAGGGCGCCCGUUACAGCCGCAGCGCCUCUGGCCCUGGCGAGGCCACUGAGAAGAACAUUCUGGUGUCUGACAUGGAAAUGAAUGAGCAGCAGGAGUAGAGCCAAGGGCGUGGGCAGGGCAGGGACAGGAGGAGUGGGGAGGCUGGGCCCUGGGUCAGCGGGGGGCCCCCACCAGCCACCAGCCCAGGUAGCUUAUGGAGGGCUGCCUUUGGGAGCCACUGCCGGGCACUGGGGCUGAGCAGGGCCUGGCUGGUGGGGUCCCUCCCUCCCAUGAGCGUUGGGCUGAGACCUGGCUGAGUGCAGAGUGGUGUUUCCCUUUUGGGGGCCUAAGGUCUUGUCACCUAGGCCUGCGCCCCCAUGGUGACCAGAAGCAGGACGGGAGCCUCUUUCUGCCCCUUUCUCCCCAGGCCCCCCUGCCCGGGCCUGCUGACCCACGCCCCAGGACCCCCUUCUCAUUGCAGAACCUGAGGGUCCUCCCCUGAGCCCUCAGCCAGCCUCUGUCGCUUCUCUCCUCCCUGGCAGCCUUGGCUCCGAACCCCUCUCUCCCGCAUUCCCUCUCCCUGCUUCUCAUGCAGCCCUUCCUUCUGAGCCAGAGCCCCAGGGUUUGGGGAACCCUGUUGCUCAUGGUGGGUGUCACCUGAGGGAGCCAAGCAUCUGUCACUCCUGUGCCUGCUGGGGUGGUCCGUGGGGCAUGGCAGGAGGGGCCUGGGCUGGGCUUGAGAACCAGGGCACCACUGGGGUGUCCGCUGGGCUGGAGACAGGACUGGGAGAGACGCCCUGACCUCCUGAGGGUGACCGGGCUGAAGUGUCAUCUCCUGCCGGUUAGGGGAGGGCUCUGUCCCUAAAGAGUCCCCUGUGGGGACCAAAGUAAGUUCCUUAACGUUUCCAGCUCUUGGCUCUGGCUGGGAGAGGAGGGGGUUGCCAGAGUCCUAGGGGCCUCAGAAGCAGGAGGCCGCCCUCUAGUGGGGCCCAGAGGAACAGUGCCCAAGCUCCGGGAGGGGCCCAGUCCCAGGGCGCUGACUCAGUGCCUUCCGGAACCCUGGCGGGGGGGCUGGGGCAGACGGCCAGUCCCUGUGCCACGGCACGGGGCAGUGUGAACACAGACUCAAAGACAUGGUCCUUUUUUUGUAGCUCUUAAUUUUUUUUUAAUGUGCCAUUAUUGUGAAAAAAAAGAAAAGAGAAAAAAGCAAACAAAUAAAACACCUUUAAGAGGCUUGAGAGAGGAGGGUCCCUACUUC